AUGUCGUUAGUACUUGUGCUAAUAGUGCAGUUAUUAUCCGUUAGGGUCGCUACCGGUUACACUCACACUUCUUUCCACCGCCACCAUCGCGACGGCGGCCGAGUCGGCUUCAACCGAAUAACGGAAGCCCGCGCCGCGGGUGACGUGGAGGACACGUGGGACGUCCUCGCCGGAACGCCGCUGCCACCAGGAAUUGGUCGGCUCCACAGAGAAGCGAGAGAGGAUGCGGGGGAGGAGGGGGAAGAUGAGGUGGAAGAGGAGUGGGAAACGGGGGGGGAAGAGGAAGGGGAAGACGACGGGGGCGUGGAGGGGGAAGAGGAGGGGAAACAAGGGACGGUUAUUUCUCACGCCCUGGAGAAAAAGGCUUUUGUGAGGGGGCAGUUGAGUGAGGAUAGUGGGAAUGGGAGGGAGUGGGGCGGGUACAAACGCGUACACCGACAGGUUGGAAGGUGGCACGCCGGCAAGCCAUGGAGCGGAGACUUCAUUAAAGUUGGUGGGAGCGAGAACACUAUAGACGGAGUGAAGGUGAUAGGAGGAGUGUGUUACGACAACUGGGAUGGGCUCAAAGUCAACAAUGGAAAAUUCAACCGUUUGAAACAUGUGUUGGUGGUGAAUGCACUCAAGGCCCCUGGCUGGUGCACCUGCCUCACCCCCACCGUCAACAACUGCAACAAGUUUCCUGGAAACUACUGGGAGAACAUGAGGAUUAAGUAUUACAACACACCCGUCUUCAAGCAGCGCUGGCCGUGGUUCCAAACAGUCUGCAACCAGAGUCACAUCAACGGAGUGUACUCUCCCAGCUCCGUUUUGAGCCAUUUGAACCAGCAGCACCAGGGCCAGAAUUCUUCCCCUGCUUCCUUGCAGGCUCAGCCCUGCCUGCUUCGCCCAGCAGAGCCAUACAGAGGGCCUCCGCAAUCAGCUCCUGGUUCAUGA